AUGGCUGUCUCAACGCAGAGUGCUCAACAUCCGCCGGCCCAAGUUGAGCAACGGCAAGACGUGGCUCGCGUUGGACAGCCAAAGUUACGACUACUUCUGCUCACGAGGCAAGAUCGCCAGAGCUUUCAUUUCAGUGUGUUGAUUGUCGUCAACCCUGGAGUUGUUGCUCUCCCGCUCGACGAGGACAGCACCACAGAGCCUGCGUGGUUGCUGCUGUACGACUCCCUCGGGAUGCAUGCUGCGGGGGGCAAUACUUUCAAGAACAUGACCAACUUGCUUGGCAUGGCUUUCGAGAAGGAGCAUGGCAACCGCACGAUAGAAGAGAUGAAGGCGAGGCUUGGGCGCUUCAAGCCACACGUCAUGGAGAUGCCUCUGCAGCAGAACGAUUAUGACUGCGGCAUCUUCGUAUGCCAGUACAUUCAAGCGCUAGUGGAGGCGUGCUUCGAAGGUGCUGAGAAUGGGGUGCGGUUCAGCAUGAGCCCACUGGCAUACCGGCGUGUCAUACGGGAGGAUGUGUGUGCCCUUGCAGAAGGACGGCUGAUCGGCGAGCUCACGGCAGCUGGGCAUGAGAUCCCUCCUGGCAAUGAGAUUAGGAAACCACCUGAGCUUGAGGUGAUCGGUGAUGAGGUGGAGGAUAGGGAGUGGAGAGCGGAGAUGGCAGAACGGAUGCAUAGGCUGGAGGUUCGCAAUGAGAGUCAGGCAGUGGCUAUUGCCAAGCUCGAGAGGCAAUUGCGUGACCUGAUGCUUUCCCGUACUCCACAGCCUCGCGUUGGCGGUGUCGCUGCAGGGGAGGGACAUGGUGAUGUGGGAGGGGACGCUGCAAGAGAGGGACAUGUUGACGUGGGAGGGGACGCUGCAGGGGAGGGACAUGGGGAUGUGGGAGGGGAUGCUGUAGGGGUGGGACAUGGAGAUGGGGGAGGGGACAACGCUGGCACACAUGACAGCAUGAGAGGUGCACACGGUGAGGGUCCUGUGGCUGACGUUGAGACGGGUGUAGGUGGGAAUAAGAGUAAGCUUGACGGCGUUGGAGAGGGUGAUAUGGCGGACGGUGCGAGGAGUGACAAUGAGGAGGUGGGGGGGAAUGAUGAAGGUGCCGGAGGCAACCCUGGUACUACCCUUGAUAACAGAGGUGCAGGAGAGGUCAUGGGUGCUGGGCAUGGUGUGACAGCCUCGAACGCAGAUGUGGAUUUGGUGUCCGCCCAGAGCACAGGGGCUGAGACAACGAGUCGCAACACUGCGCGUGGUCGAGCUCCUAGCUCUGGUUAUACCGGCAUAAGCAAACGGGAAGGUAGGUGGGCAGCACGGCUGUGCGUAGAUAGCGCUAAGAGUAAGUUUUUAGCGCUGGGACGGUAUACGGAGAUCUUGGAUGCCGCAAAAGCAUAUGCGGCAGCCGCCCACAUUUGCCGACCGUCCCUCUCCAACUCAAUGAUGGUGGAGUUGAGCGUGGAGGAGAGGCGGUGCUUGGAGGGACUGACGGCGCAUGGGGUUGAGAGGUUAGUGGAGGCCAAGCGAUGGGCAGAGUGGAGGAACUGGCGAGAAGUGCUCGGCAGCUUCCCUGAGCCUUCCAUCCCAACGCCAGCAGAAGUUCACACACAGGCUCCACCUCCUUUUUCCCACCACCACCCUGGAGCCACGCUUGGCAACUACCACCCGCCAGCCGCCGCCUUCGCGGGACACGCCGGUGCAACCCCAAACCCCGGUGCAUGGCAGCCGUACACCCAGAGCCACCCUCCUCCCAACCUCCAUUUUCUAUCCCAGCAGUUUGCUUUCAACCAAAUCCCAAUCCAUCAAUUCAGCCAGGUGAAAGCCCCUAUCGCUGUACACCCUACCCCUUCAGUACCCAUCACUCCCAACCCUGCAGGCCAUGCCGCUUCACAUAACACGGCACCCCAUCCCCAUGUCCUACCAACACCACCAUCCGUUGCACCCAGCAUGGCACAUCCAUCCCUAGCAAAGGCGUCGCGGCCGUCGCAUUCCGCCAGGCGGAGCGUAUUUCCCGCGCUGACCCGUCGACGGCUCACUACCAGAAGAACGCCCGCUAGCAGCACCAGACUCCAGGUGGUCGCCGCCGGUUCCGCCGUCUCCGCCGACGUCGCAAACGGCGCAGUCCGCGACGCGCAAUCGAGGAGCGCGUUACCCGCGUCGGCGUGGGCGGCGGUGACGGAGGAGGUGGCGGUGGGGUCGCUGGCCGUCAGCAGCAGCGCCGCCGCCGUGGCGGCGCUCGCGAGGGACGCGCGCAUCACCGCCGUCGUCGUUCUCGAGGAGGAGGGGAGCUACAGCGCGCGGGGAACGGGGUGGGAGGAGGAGAAGCGCGCGCUGCAGGACGCGGGGCUGGUGGCCGUGUGGGUGCCCAUUCGCGAGAGCGACUCCGCCGAACAGGCAGCCAUGCUACCACAGGCAGUGCGGGUGGUGGCAGCGCUGGCAGCCAUGGGCCACAGGGUGCUGCUGCGCUGCCCCUCUGCCGCCCGCCUCUCUCCACUCAUUGCCCUCGGGUACCUGGUGCUGGCCAAGGGCAUGCCUGUGAGCGAGGCACUGGCGGUGGUGAAGGGGGUCAAGCCCAACGCCGACCCGCCUGUCAACGUGCUCAUGGAUGCGAGGGAGAGGCUGCUAGCGGGAAUGACGUCGCGGGUGAUAACGAUAGCGGAGGCCAUCUAUCACACGCGCUGCACCACGGGGCAGCCGGGCGACUCACAGUCCGAUUGGGCGCAAGCGCAAGAGCAGUGCUCUCGGGAGCUCUUUGACAAGUGGCUCCUCGCUGAUGUCAGCUUUGCCCGCUCUGUUGCUCAGAAAGCGAAUGCCAGGGUGGAAUCCCUCUCCGCCCAGCUGGCGGAGGCGCGUGAGUGGCUCGCUGAGCUGGAGGCGUCCAGCAGCCAGGUCCUCGCUGACGUGGCAUCACGGACGGCUGAGAUUGAAGCGCUGAAACGCAGAGAGGCGCUCUGGGAGGAGGAGUUGGAGGCAGCCAAGGUGAAAGAGACGGCCAUGAGGGAGGAACUGAGAGUGAAACAGACUGGGGGGGUGCAGCAGGUGCGUGCAUUGGGUGAGGUGGAGGAGGAAAUUUCAGCUCUGAAAUUAAAGGUGGCAGAGGGAGAGGCGAGGAACGCCGAGGUGGAAAGAGAAAUUGGGGAGCUUCGGGCACAGGUGGAGGAGGCAAAGGGACAGCUGAGGAGUGAACGAGCAGCAGCGGAGGAGGCGGAGGAGAGAGUAGUAGCGGCGAAUGAUAAAGUGCGGGAGGAGGUGGAGCGGGCGGCACGGGCACGGGCGGCAGCGCGGGCGGCGGCGGAGGAGCGGAGGGCGGUGGUGCAGGAGCUGGCGGUGGUGCGGACAGGACAAAAGGAGGCGGCGGCGCGGGCAGCGGCGGAGAGAAUAGAGGAGCUGCAGGUGCAGGCAGGGCUGCUGGCAGAACGGGUUAAGCAGGCUGAGGUGGUUAGCACCGAGGCUGACAGCCGUGCUGGCGCCCUGGAAGCACAGAUGGCGGUGUUGGUGUCACGCACGGCAGCAGCGCAGCAGAGAGCAAGCGCAGCAGCGGCGCGAGUGACAUUCCUGAGUGGGCGAUUCAACUCGCUUGAGAUGACCGCUGCUGAGGCUGCUCGCAGGGCGGAGAGGGUGGAGAGCGAGGUGGUUCACCUGCGGGGUAGGGACGCUGACGCUGCUGCUGCCGUGGCUUCCAAUACCGAGGCUAUCAGCCGCUUGUCGCUGGAGGCCAUGCAUCUCAAGGACAGUGAAGCGGCUCAAGCCAAGCGCGAGGCCGCCCUGUUAGUGCAACUGCCGGCAGCGCAGCAGCAGGGCGAGGAGCUGCGAGCGCAGGCCGCCGCCUUCUCCGUCCAGCUGGCAGCCAUGGCCCGCCACGUCACCCGGCUCAAAGCUGAGCUGGACUGGGUGGACGCGCACGGGCGGAGGCGCCAGGCAGAGGAGGAGCAGCACGGCAGAGACGGGGAAGAAGCAGGGCGGCACUGGAACCUGUCUUUGAACACGGACCCUUCCUCUCUCAGCACCCUCAGCCCUCUGGGGCCUCUCAAUCCCCUCGCUGCGCUGGCGCCACUGGCAGCGGUGGCGGAUGCUGCACAGGGUGUGGCGGGUGCAGUGGGGUUGGAGUUGGGUGGAGGAGGGGGAGGAGAUGUGGAGGGGAAUGAGGAGUGGGUGCGGCGGGAGGUGGGCGCGCAGGGAGCAGUGGUGGCAGCAGAGAGUGAGCUGGAGGGGCAGAUAGAGGACGUGGAUGACCCCCUGGAGCUGCUCAAGGUACUAAUGGACCGGUUAUCAGAGGAGGCAUCAGCCAUCACGCAGCGUAGCGCCCACCUGGUGUCGGAGGCCCAGCAGCUGAGGGAGGCGCUGGACGCACAGCUGGCGGAGCAGGACGCUGCCUGCCAGGUGGACGGGCGGCCGCUGCGGGAGGUGGUGGGGGAGGUGGAGCAGCAGGCGCAGCAGCAGCAGGAGGAGCUGCUGCAGCAGGCGGGCACGCUGCAGUGGGCGCUCGGGGGGUCGCUGGCGCUGGCUGUGGUGGCGCCGCUGGCCAUUUACAACAGCUACUUCUCCGAGACGGCCCGAUCCAACCAGAUGGACCUCCCAAGGGGUCUGCUAGGUGUUGAAGCCAGUGCACGCCAGCAGCAAUCCUUCCUCUUUCCGUUGCUCCGCCUCGCCCCCCAACCCUCUUCUUCCCGGCAGAUCAACACCCUGUCGGCCCAGCUGGACGCAGCCACACAGGCCAGCAGGGCACUGGAGCAGGUAGCCGGGGAGACAGAGGCAGAGAGCGUAGAGGCAAUGGCGCGGCUACACGCCAUGGAAGCAGAGGUGGAGGCACAGCGCGCUGCCGUUACGCGGUUACAAUCGCUCGUUCCCCUCGUGGCUCCCUCUGUGGAGUCCGACGAGGCUGCCCGGUUCUGCCAGAAUGUUCCGCAGGAGUUCCAGUCACCAAUCACGGAGCAGAUUUGUGACGGGCUGAGGCAGAGUGGCAGGGUGGAGGCUAAACGGGGUGAUGGUUCGUCGGGGGGCAAUGGGGCAGCGCCAGGAGGGCGGUUUGGGUUCACCAACCCUUUCAAUCUUGGCUGGAAGCGGUGGUGA